CUGCCGCCGCGCACCCCCGGCCCCCGAGCCCGGCGCUGCAGGAUGCCGGGGGGCAAGAGAGGGCUGGUGGCACCGCAGAACACCUUCCUGGAGAACAUCGUCCGGCGCUCCAGCGAAUCCAGUUUUUUGUUGGGAAACGCCCAGAUUGUGGACUGGCCCGUAGUUUAUAGUAAUGACGGAUUUUGUAAACUCUCUGGAUACCACCGAGCUGACGUCAUGCAGAAGAGUAGCACCUGCAGUUUUAUGUAUGGUGAACUGACAGACAAGAAGACCAUUGAGAAAGUCAGACAGACUUUUGACAACUAUGAGUCAAACUGCUUUGAAAUUCUCCUCUACAAGAAAAACCGAACCCCAGUUUGGUUCUACAUGCAAAUUGCACCUAUAAGAAAUGAGCAUGAAAAAGUGGUUUUGUUCUUGUGCACUUUUAAGGAUAUCACUUUAUUCAAACAACCGAUCGAAGAUGAUUCAACAAAAGGUUGGACGAAGUUUGCCCGGCUGACGCGGGCGCUGACCAACAGCCGGAGCGUCCUGCAGCAGCUGACGCCGAUGAACAAAGCUGAGGUGGUGCACAAGCACUCCCGCUUAGCUGAAGUUCUCCAGCUGGGAUCUGAUAUUCUUCCUCAGUACAAACAAGAAGCUCCAAAGACUCCACCACACAUUAUACUCCACUAUUGUGCUUUUAAGACCACCUGGGACUGGGUCAUCUUAAUUCUAACCUUCUACACAGCAAUCAUGGUUCCAUAUAACGUGUCCUUCAAGACAAAGCAGAACAACAUUGCCUGGCUUGUGCUGGACAGUGUCGUGGAUGUUAUUUUUCUGGUUGACAUUGUUUUGAACUUUCACACGACCUUUGUUGGCCCCGGGGGAGAGGUUAUAUCUGAUCCCAAGCUCAUACGGAUGAACUACCUGAAGACGUGGUUUGUGAUUGAUCUUCUGUCCUGUUUACCAUAUGACAUCAUCAAUGCCUUUGAGAAUGUGGAUGAGGGAAUCAGUAGCCUCUUCAGUUCCUUAAAAGUGGUGCGCCUUCUACGGCUCGGUCGGGUGGCCAGGAAGCUGGACCAUUAUCUGGAAUAUGGUGCUGCUGUGCUGGUGCUGUUGGUGUGUGUGUUUGGGCUGGUGGCCCACUGGCUGGCCUGCAUCUGGUACAGCAUCGGGGACUACGAAGUCAUAGAUGAACUGACCAACACCAUCAAAACGGACAGUUGGCUCUACCAGCUGGCCUUGAGCAUCGGGACCCCAUAUCGCUACAACACCACGGGCUCGGGCCAGUGGGAAGGAGGGCCCAGCAAAGACUCCUUGUACAUAUCCUCUCUCUACUUUACCAUGACAAGCCUUACAACGAUAGGAUUUGGGAACAUAGCACCAACCACGGAUGGGGAGAAGAUUUUCUCGGUGGCCAUGAUGAUGGUUGGCUCUCUUCUUUAUGCAACUAUUUUUGGAAACGUCACCACCAUUUUCCAGCAAAUGUAUGCCAACACGAACCGGUACCAUGAGAUGCUGAACAAUGUGAGGGAUUUCCUAAAAUUAUAUCAAGUCCCAAAAGGCCUUAGUGAAAGAGUCAUGGAUUAUAUUGUCUCAACCUGGUCCAUGUCUAAAGGAAUUGACACAGAAAAGGUCCUCUCGAUCUGCCCCAAGGACAUGAGAGCAGACAUUUGCGUGCACCUGAACCGGAAAGUUUUCAACGAGCACCCUGCCUUCCGGCUGGCCAGCGACGGCUGCCUGCGAGCCCUGGCCGUGGAGUUCCAGACCAUCCAUUGCGCCCCGGGGGACCUCAUCUACCACGCUGGGGAAAGCGUUGAUGCUCUUUGCUUUGUGGUCUCAGGAUCCUUGGAAGUCAUCCAGGACGACGAGGUGGUGGCUAUUUUAGGUAAAGGUGAUGUGUUUGGUGAUAUCUUCUGGAAGGAAACCAGCCUGGCCCAUGCCUGUGCCAACGUACGGGCCCUGACAUACUGCGAUUUGCAUAUAAUUAAGCGAGAGGCCUUGCUGAAAGUGCUGGACUUUUACACCGCUUUUGCAAACUCCUUCUCGAGGAACCUCACGCUCACCUGCAAUCUCAGGAAGCGGAUCAUCUUCCGGAAGAUCAGCGAUGUCAAGAAGGAGGAAGAGGAGCGCCUGCGCCAGAAGAACGAGGUGACGCUGAGCAUCCCUGUGGACCACCCUGUGCGGAAACUCUUCCAGAAAUUCAAGCAGCAAAAGGAGAUGCGCAAUCAAGGCUCGACCCACAUGGACCCGGAGCGGAACCAGCUGCAGGUGGAAAGCAGGAGCGUGCAGAACGGGGCCUCCAUCACGGGCACCAGCGUGGUCACCGUGUCCCAGAUCACCCCCAUCCAGACCACGCUGGCGUACAUGAAAACCAGCGAGGCCGUGAAGCAGAACAACCGCGACGCGAUGGAGCUCAAGCCGAACGGAAACGGAGACCAGAAAUGUCUCAAAGUGAACAGCCCCAUGCGGAUGAAAAACGGGAACGGGAAAGGGUGGCUUCGGCUGAAAAACACCAUGGGGACCCACGAGGAGAAGAAGGAGGACUGGAACAACGUCACAAAGGCUGAAUCCAUGGGGUUGCUGUCCGACGACCCCAAGUCCAAUGACUCGGAGAAUGGUGUAAAUAAAAACCCACUGAGGAAAACAGACUCUUGUGACAGUGGAAUAACAAAAAGUGACCUUCGCUUGGAUAAAGCUGGUGAGACUCGCAGCCCCCUGGAGCACAGCCCCAUCCAGGCGGAUGCUAGGUGUCCUUUCUACCCCAUUCCUGAGCAGGCCUUACAAACCACGCUGCAGGAAGUCAAGCACGAACUCAAAGAAGAUAUCCAGCUGCUAAGCAGUAGGAUGGCUGCCCUUGAGAAGCAGGUGGCAGAAAUUUUAAAAAUAUUGUCCGAAAAGAACGUAUCCCAGCUCUCUUCCCCCAAGUCUCAUUUAUCACCCCAGUCCCCCCCCCAGAUACCCUGUCAGGAUAUUUUUAGCGUUUCAAGGCCUGCAUCACCUGAAUCUGAAAAAGAUGAAAUCCACUUUUAGCAUAUACCUAUGUGUAUAUAUGUAUACAGUAUAUAUGCAGAGGUGUAUAUAUACCUUUAUACAUAUAUAUAUAUGUGUGUGUGUAUACGGUAAAUAUAUAUACAUAUAUAUUUUCACUUGCAUCCAAUAUGACUUGAACACACCAAGGAUUUUGAUAUGUAAAUAUUGCAUGUCCAGCUGGAUUCUGGCCUGCCAAAGAAAGCAAUUAUUAACAUAGAUAUAGCUUGUAUAAUAUGCAGUUGACUGCAUGCACACUUUACAUUUAUUUAUAAUCUCUAUUAUGUAAUAAAAUAAUGACUUUUGUUUAACAAAGGCAAUGUACUAUUUAAAGAAUCAGGGUCUAACCUGCCAAUAUUGCCAUGACAGUUUUGAUCUCAGGCUGGGUGAAUUGAGCUUUUACUUUCUCCUGUCUUUUCUGCCGAGUUAAGCAGUAGAUUAAUAUGAUGUGAAGGACAUGUUCAGGCUCCUGUUAGUAUUGUUUCCUGGUAUCAUUCCACAAUGAUAUACUGUAUAUUUGGUGGUGAAUUCCCCUACUCCUUCUAAAGGGAGGGCUCAGCUCAGUGGGCAGGGAAGGGCACUGUGCCUGGUGCUAGGGUGGAUCAGUGGAAUUUACUUGUGUGGGUAUUGUGCAUGCACAGCCUUUUAUUUCAAGUAUCCUCCUGCUCUUUUAACAUCGUAAGUAAGAAAUAAUAAUAAGAAUAAUAAGAAUAAUAAUAAUGGUGAUUUAUGUAACAAAAUGAAACUAACAGAAACUCUCAGUUGUGCUCCCUGAGUGUUUGGGGGUAACUUAUUUCUUGAAAGCCUCCUUUUACUGAUGUCAUUUUUACUGAACUGUUAGAGUAACAUUAUGUAAAUUCUCUUUGCAGCACUCAGUGGUGGUGUCCAGUUCUGUCAGUAUCUUCAUUAGCAUGUCCCAUUUUUGUAGGGUUGAGGUUGCUCUCCCACUGUCCCCCCAAUUGCCCCUGGCAGAAAGACUUGGCACGAGGUCUGAGCAAGGGAGAGAACACUCAUAGUUCAGCUUCUUGGGAACCACGUGAGCAGGUUUGAAAGCCUGAAGUUAAAAGGCUGUGGUUAACACCCCUCCACUCUCCUUCACGAGUAAAUUUAUCAGUCUGCAGCUGCCUUUAGAAAGAGAGAAAAUAACUGGUCAGGAUGAAAUUCUCUUUAGUGCAAGGUGCUUGGGUGAUGAUGUGUGUGUGGGUGGGAGAGUUGUGGGUGUGCUGGGGAGGUGGAGUCCUCCCUGGAGUGCUGUUCGUGCCUUGGGCUCGUGGAAAGUUUCAGAGCAUGGAGGGGGCACAUUUCAAGAGCAGGCUUGCAGUGCCCACACAGCAAGGUCCCACAUGGACUGAGUCCCUCAGGUCUGUGUCAGAGGCUCUGAUCCUCCUCUUAGCUGACUCCCAUUGGCAUCUUCCAGCCUUGGACCAUGCUCAGACCCGCUCUCCACCUCCCAGCCUGGAGCAUUGCUCUCAAGGCACUGCUGGCUUUGCAGGGCUGCAGCAGGGCAGGCUUUGCACUGGAUCCUGUUUGAUGUCCUCUUUGGAGCUGAGCUUUUGGACUCUGCUUGGGUCUGCCCCUGAGUGUGGUGGGGAUUUUUGCCUCUCUAUUUGCUGUGGUUUGAGUCCAGGUACACAAGAUGCAUAGCAGAAAUUGCCAUUGCAGCUUCAGAGCUGUUACCUGAGGUAUCUUGAGGCCAGCCCAGCAAAGCACAGUGGCUCCUUCAGAAAAGGAUCCCCCCUGCCUCUGACUUAAAUGACCUCUUGCAUCGAAAUUCCAUGUUUUCAGAAGUGCCUGGAGUAAAACAUGUAUGUACCACAAGGCAUCACUAUGAAUCAGGUAUAUCAAAUACAUGGUUAUAAUUAGUGAGUAUUCUAACCACACACCAGUGUUAGAUCCAUUUUUUAACAUUAGAAAACUAGACUAAACGAAAUCACUUCCUGAAAAAUUAACAAAAUCCCUAAAACUUAAGCAAACCAUCAUUUGUAGUAGUGGCAAUUAGGAAUCUACAUCUUAGGGUGAGCAUAUCUUCGACUGUGAAAUCCAAAAAUCCAAACCCAUAAACCUCCAAAAGCUUAUAAGAAAGCCCAAGAAGUUAUUGCUUCUGUUGUGUUAACUCAUGGAGGCUUUUUGGGCGAUGAUAGUUUUUUCUGUCCUGUUUCUGCCCCUUUCUUUAGGAAAUUAGAGAUAGCAAAAAAAAAAAGAAAAAAAAAGAGGGAAGAAUAAAAAGCCACUGUAAGGGACAGCUCUUCCCAAAACCUGGUGAUCAGACCACUUGCUCAUUAUAGUUCUCCACAGCUGCAGUUGCCUCUGUCAACAUUUUCAGCUGUAUUUUGCAGCUGCUAUUCUGACACAAGUACAAGUCCAUGACUCUGCAGCCGCGGUUUGGACUGCAAGAACAACCUGCACCUGCAGAACAACAGGACCUCCCAUGUCCUGUUAUAAAUCCCACCCUGGGACUCUGGAGGAAUGGGGUGGGGGUCAUGGGUUAGGGAGUUAACAGGGUUGCUGCAGGCUGCUGGAGUCUGCACAGACCUUGUGGGUACAGUUUAAGUGCCAAGAUUUCAUGUGUUGAAUGUUCUUGCCUGACUUGGUCUGCUGGUUAAGACAGACACACAGCCACUGCCCAGGGCUGCCUGGUGAAUAGCUGAGUCACAUAGGCUCAGUCUGGGGGCCAGACUUCGUUAAAAUUCCUGGAAUGCAUGAACCUGCCAUGAAGUGAUGCUGCAAAAGAGACAGCAGGAUAAUGGGGGUUGGCUUUGUUAGAAAGCUUUAGCCUUAAUGGCAUUCCUCUGCCUUUGUGACAGACUGCUUUUCUUUCUCUGUAGCUGAUGUUCAUUCUAGGUAGAACUGCAUGGCAUGCAAAGGGAUCUCUGUUUAGGUUUAUCUUGCAAGUCAGGUGUAACUUUGUGCCACUUUACAAUGAGAGAAUGUGUUAACAGGAUUAGUCUGACCUUGAAAAUCAUUUGGGCGGGCCCAGAAUGUCUAUUACAGUUCAAGUGCAGCUUGAGUGGUUCAAAUGUGUAGUGGCUAAACAGUGUAAAAUACCAAGUUCGUGAAACAAAUACAGUGUCUCCAGGUCUGUUUCUAGUGCUGCUUUGGCUCUGAUAUUCCAACACCGUCCAUUGCAAGUUCAGUGGAAUGAGCUUCUACCUUGCAGAAAGCAGUGGUGUGGCGUGAUGGGUGUCCCGCAGGCACAGUCAGUGCAGCCUGUGGAUGGGCUGUGUGCUGGGAGAGGCCCAGUUUGUGGGGUUGACUCUGGCUGGUGCAAUUCUGAAGGACUUUGCCUCCAGAAUCCAUGUUGGGAGCAUUACAUGUUGUUUCGUGGAGUUGUUAGCAGUUCGUCUCUCCUGUCCCCUCGCGCUGUGCAUGAUGUGAUGAGUGACUGGGGCAUUCCUUCUCUGUUAAAAAGCAUGAGUCAGUCCUGUAGUUCAGGCUGGACUGAAAGUAACCUCCUGUAGUCAUUAAGUGCAACAAGGACACCAAGGUGUCAUUUCCAUCCAAGCCAGUGCUCAAGCAGUGACGCACCACACGGAGGGAGCUCUCAGCUGCAUGCUUUCCUUUUCUUUCCUUGAAGAGCUCCAAACCUGUACAGAUGUUCCUGCCAGACGCUGGGAACAGCAUCCUUAGCACCUCCCCUGUGCUUUGUGUGUCCAGAGCAUUUUGCGUACACACAAGUGGAUUUUAUCUUUCUGGACUUUGGAAUAGAAAUAAAACGUGUACAGAAAAUGUGUACAGAAGAGUAAGCACUUCCCAAAGCAAAAGAACUAGAGUGCUUUUAAUAGCUUUUUUUGUGUAAUGUUGCAUAUAAGAGAUAGAACAGCACUUCAGGAUAAUUACUGAAAAAAAAUUGUUGUAGUGAGGAUUCAGUUCUUCUGAAUUUGUAUUUGUAAGUCAUUUUUUUUCUGUCUUUGCCAGGGCAUGGGGGUUAGAGCAGAGCUGAUUCUGGAAGUGACAAACUUAAGCUUUGUCCAUUUUUCUUUUCCCUGUUCUGCAGAAGUAGCACAACUAUAGGGGCUCGAUGCUGCUGGCACCAAAGUUUGGGCUCAUUGCUAGACUCAAGUUCAGUCUUCAUUUACCACCACAUGGAGAAUAACCCUGUUGCACAGGUGUGACCUGAAGGUUGAAUCUGAUAAUCUUACUGGACUUUAAUAUGUAUUUUGAAUCCCAGGACAGUUUCAGAGGACUGGCAGCUGCAGAAAUAAUGUUGUACUCUUUGCGAAGCUGAGAGCAGUCGCUCUGGAAGUAACAGACCGUUCCACAGACGUCAUCAUUUGCAUGGGUCAGAAAACAGAUGUUGUGCUCAUGAAAUAGCUUAGAGGCUUUUUGGGGAAAAGGAUGUCUGAACUGGAAGGGAAAACAAAAAAACGCCAAAGGUUUAAUGUGGAAUUUGGGAGUGAGGACAUAGAAGGAUAUAUUGUGAGAAAUUGACACUUUUUUACUUGGAUUUUGAGCAUUUAGAAAACCCAAGCCUAUCUUUUUGGAUGUCAGAAUAGGACAGAUUGUUUCUUAAAAUAAAUAUUUUUUUCCCUAAGUUAGGUGGCGUCUAAGUGAUACCUGCUUUGUUUUUUUUAAAAAAAAAAAAAAUCAAAUACCAUUUUCCUACAGAGGAGGGUUGAAUGGAUUUUGUUAACGUUGCUCUUAAUAGGCUGUAGGAGGAAAAGUUUGAUCCAUCUAGAUUUCCACAUCUGGGAAUAUUUUUUAUAACUAUCCCUUAAUUUUUUUGGUACAAAUGGAUAGCACAAUCUCUAUGUGUUUUACUGGGUUUAAUAUGCUAUGAUGCAUUUCCAGAUGAAAUACAUUCUUAAAGCAAAGUGCUGAAUGGAGCUAAAAUUGACAAAAAGUCCACAUUUCUUCUGGUAGAAAAGCAGUGAAUGUUCUUACUGACAUAAAGAGUAUUGUGCAAAGAUCAGUGCUGUGAUAUCUAACAAAUGACAAACAAACUAAAAUCAUCCUUCUGGGUGCAUUUAGUCAGGCAGAAAAUUGACCUUGUAGUGCACAGUGGGACAAGAAGGCACAUAUUGAUUUUGAAUACUCAAAUGGCAGAAGCAUUCGAAAAGGGCUUGACCAGGCCAUGCUGAAUAAAUUGUAUUUAUUUAUUAUGUUAUGUUAAUCAGCCUCAUGAUGCAUGGCACGUGGAGCCAGGAAUCUGGGGCAAGAUUCUCACAAACUUUUUCAUCUGUUUUCUAUAAAGCAGAUAAGUGCUUUUCAUCAUUAUUUUCUUCUUGGAGAUGCGAGCUUGCUUGGCCCACAGUCUGAAACUACUGGUGUGCACCCACUCUAUGUCUGGCUGUCUGCCAUGAAUGCAUCAAUUAGCCAUAAUUAAAAGCCCUUUAAAAAGGAUUUUGUGUUAGGUUGGGCUCAGCCCUCCCCACUCCAGUGACAAGACUUUAUGUUGUGUGGUUGAGAGCAGAUUCAGUUCAGACUGAGCAGUAGCACAGUAUAUUUCUGCCUGUCUGCAGAGGAUGUGUAGACACACCAUAUGGAUCUAUACCUACCCAUUUGGAAUGGGAAUUCAGAUCUGGCUCGUUCCAGGCAGGUGUUUCAGACAGGUGGGAUAAAUCCUGCUCCGGCGGUGCCAGUCUCUCAUCAUUUACUGCAGAGUAAUAACUUCAGAUUAGACACUUGAUUUGUAGCCUGCUAGGGGGUAAAUGAAGUUAAUCCAACCCAUGAUUCAAGCUCCCAGACUGAUGUUGUUUGUAUAAAAGGUGUCUCUAAAAGGGUCUGCUUACCAUCUUGCCAGCACAGAAGCACUUUCCUGUGGCUGUGACUAACAGUAAGGGGAGCACUGAAAUGUCUCAGCAUGCAGCCAGAAACAAAGUGUUCACAUCCUAAAUUGUUAAUGAGAUCUCCAUAAAUAUACUCAGAUGCUCAGUUCUUGGCUUGUGGUGAUCAGAUUUUUAACUUUUUGCCUCAAUACCAUGACAGGAUAGUCCAUGAACCCUCAUUUUCACAGGUGUGUAACAGCUGAGGUGCUCUUCAUCGUGAUGUGCAAUGCCAAGGCACAGAGGGACACCAUCAGACAAUUUUUGGGCAGUGAAAGACUGACACCCAUUUGGGAUCUUUGGCUGCUCUGGGGUAUUUAGGAUUAUAGGAGUUUUCCCACUGAGCUGUGUCAUGCAGUGGACAGAGGCCAAGGCUUGGAAAUCCAUCAAAGGGAGAUGUUGUACCAAAGAGCUUCCAGGGCAGACAGAGGUGGUGGCCCAGGCCACAGCAGAGCCCUGGCUCUGUGCUUGCAGUGGGAAGACAGAGGGGAGAGGGAGGAGAAGGUUCUAAAGAAUGCUGUCCAAAAAUGGUGACAACAUUCCACUGAGGCCAGUAUUGACUUCUCUCUGCAUAGUGCCUGUUUCUGUCCUCAUAAUUAAUUUAUUUGGAAGUUGGCAGGCUCCUCUUCCUUCAGGUGGUGUGUAAGGAUGAGGCUGGCAGACUUUUUGGGGGUGACAGCUGUGGGACAGGGAAAGGCCGUUAGAGGAGACUCAAAUAUAUGCUGCUAGGGGGAAAUGUGGGCUUCAGGAGAGCCAAAGCUCUUCCAGUGUCCCAAAAACCUACUGGAAAGGGGCUUAUAGUAUCUAAAUUAUGUAGCAUCAGUGCAUGGACUCUGUAUUUGCAGCUGGCCCUACUGUGAACAGAGGGGGUUGGACCAAGUGGUUUCCAAAAAAUCCCAAGUUGUGUUGUUUUAUUAUCUGGUGAUUCUGUAGAUUUUAAUAGCACAAACAGGAGGUAAAAUUUGAAGGUUCUUAGUUAUGUCCUAUUUUUUUCUGGUUUUCAGUUUAAAUACCAUGCUGAGGAACGUGUAGCCAAAUUUCAAGAUAGUAGCUGUGAGAGCCAAUACUCAUCAAACAGACAGCAGAGAAAUCUGGCAUAUUCUAAAACUAUGGCAUAUAAAUAAAUUAAGCCUUUCGUUGGGCAUCAGCUAAAAUCCACACUUGGUGCCAAACACUGAGAAUAAUGUCUCAGUGACUAUGCAGUUUCUGGAAGCAGUGGGCUGAUAUGGAUACAUCAACAACACCCACACCCUCUUCCAGCCUCCUCCCCAGUCCAGUGAACGGUGAUUACAGUGUCUGAAAAUGCCAUCACAGUAUCAGUAGCAUCUGAGCUGUUUUCCAGUGCUGCCCUGACAGACAUGCACAUCUAAGGCUGUAGGAAAUGUGUAGGUUUCUCAUUAGUGGCUGGGUCUGGAGGUGGUUCUCAGCCCUAUGGAUUCUCAUCCCUCUGGAUUCUCAUCGCUCUGGAUUCAGCCUGCUCCUCUCACAAUGUGUGGGCACCAUCUCUGAGAAGGCCUGGGCUUGUCCAAAGGGUCUGGGCACAUCCAUGGGUCCUGUGCACAUUCCUAGGGUCUGCCCAAGCCCCAUUCCCAGGCUUAUUCCCUACUUGUCUAGCCCCAUUCAAAGGUUUACACCUGACCCUAUGAGAUUAUUAGAUGUUUUUCCAGACUCUGUAACCUCUUCAGUCUCUGUGAUGGCUCACAGGGCUACUCACAAAAUCCUUUGCAAUCUGUGGCUUAGCAACAAGUCUCCAAAUUAAACAGGAAUAACAGGGCAAGCCUUCUGCCAUUCUCAGGGCAUUAUUUUAUUAAACAAACCUUCGAUUUUGUUUUAUUUUGUUUUAUUUUAUUUUAUUUGUGGCCAUUUUGUACACUCUUGAGCAGCACAGUGUUCCACAGAAUGGCAGGGACUGGGGUGUUUGUGGGUUUUAAUGAGCCAGUUUGAGAAGGGGAACUCAAGUGAGACACCACCUUCUGCCAUGUGUGUGAUCAUUCCCUCUGGCUUCCUACUCCAGCUACACUUCGGGUGAACUUCACCCCCAGCAGCAAUUUGAACCAGUGCCAUGUAGUGAUAGCAGAAGUUCUCUGUAUUUCCUCAGCCAGACCUAGGGCUCUGCUCAUCGUCUCCGUGUGUGCUAUGCCAAGACAUGUGGGCACUUUUCCUGUCCUGGACUUGUUUUCAGUAGAAUUUCCUGAGAUGUUCCACCUCUUUUAUCUGUCACCACUUCGUUUUACUAGAAAAAGAAAAAAAACAAAUAGCAUUUUCUGACUGAUCACUGGGAAUUCGCUUGCAUCCAAGCCUGCUGCCAGGACCAUUAGUUGGAGGUCACAGUUCAGUUUGUAAAUUGGGUGUCUUAUCUGAGCUCUCAUGAAAAAAAGCAUUUUUUUUCCCAAGAAAAGGAAAAUUUCUGCUCUGCUUCUAAUUAGUCCUCUGUUGUCCCUGCAGGAUUAAUUAUUGCCUUCUUCACUCGAAUCAUCAAAUGCUGUUUGGCAACAGCUUCUUUUUUUUAUUUUAUUUUAGGUGUAAUUAGGAGUCCUGGCAUUACAAACAAGCUCAGUCAGGUUGUACCUUAAAAUUACAGAACUGAAAUGUCACCUAAACUAGUAGUUUAAACCCAGCUUUUGAAUACCAACAAUCCCAUUGCAGUCAGUGGAUGUUUAGAGCUCAUUCCUUUGGGGUCAUCAGUAGGUCAGUGUGAACAUCCUUCUCCUGAAAUCAAUCACAGAAGGGGUGGUGGUAUUCUGCAGGGUCCUCCCACAAUGGGACUUUUAGAAAAGGAAUUUGGGGGCAAGGAUGCAAUGGCACCUCCCAACCCUUCCUACUGCCUGUUGAUGGUCUGUAGAUUCCCAGCCACAUCUCUUUUCUAUUUAAAGCAAGGUUGAGGGCCACCCACUGCCUAAUUCUAUCAAGUGGUAAAUUGAAUGUAUUGGGUGGGAGAGGCAGUAGCCAAUAAAUAAGGCAGGAUUUGGGUGUUAAAAAUCUUCCUGGUGGGAAUUGGGCAAGCUACCAGAAAGACAAUAAAGCAUUUAUCUGGCAAUGCAUGCCAAAGGAAUGCUAAACAUGUGAGCAGGACAAUUUAUUGAUACCAGUGGAAAAGCUCAUUAGCGUUGAAGUGCAAAGCAGGUCUGCAAAUGUACCUUUCAGUUGUCCCAAUAAAAUCCCUGCACUUGGACAAGGGGAGCUGUGGCUUGUUCCCGUGGAGGGUAGAAUUGGCUAAUGAGCUUUCCCAGAAAACUUGCACACAAACCGAGUUUUCUCAAAUGUAAUAGUUGGCACUAUUUCCCUCCUGUGGGCACAUUUCACAACUGACCUCAGUGUCAGCCUCCCACUGCCUCUGCUUUCACAGGGAUUCAGAGAUGCUCCUAAAGCUGGUACUGCAGCAUUUCUCCUAGGGCAGGUUCAUUCCCCCCCUUACUUGUCACUGAUGGUUGAUUAUUUGCCUUUUGAGAGAUCAGUGGCCCUGUAAAGGAUGUAGGACUCCCCAACAAAGCUGCAGCUUGUGAGGCUGUGGUGAAGGUAAAGGUUCACCAUAUUUUGUCUGAAAAACAUGCCAGCCAUAAAAAUACUCUUGCUAACUGUUUAAAGUUCCAAUGCCUUAUCAGCACAGUUUAUGUAACAAAAUCCCAUUAGUACUGCCAACCAUUCUCACAUGAAUUAGGACAUUAUAUGCUUCAUAAACCUUACAUACCUAUUGACUGUUCUUAUUCACAGAGACUUUGCUGGGCUUUUAUGUGCAGGUGUAGCUGCAUAUCUUGGGUUAAUUUCUGUGUUUUGAAGGCUAGGUAAUAUGAAGCAGGAUAUUUUCCACAAUGAAUUGCAGUGUAUCCCUUCCUUGUUUGUUUGUUUAUAUCUUUUCUCUUUCUCUCUCCUUCCUUCCUUCCUUGUUUUCUUGCCUAGAUCAUUAGGCUAGCAAAUUGUAGAAAUGGGGAGAUUGAUUAAGUGAUGUUGCAUCAGCAGAUUUAAUGAGAUAAUGAUCUGUUUUGCUAUUUGUGUUCAGAAGAAAUAAUAUGCCAAUAAGAAUGGUAGCAAGCGCUGAUUUUUUAAUGGCCAGCUUAAAUACCAGCCAGUGACUAAGUGGUUCAGUAAAGUGAUCUCAGCAGCUCUUCUAAAUUGUGUUCUCUGUUUUGGAGGUAAAUAUUUUCAAUAUUUGAGCAUCUUGUGUUAAUAUUCUUACUAAGGUCAGUGGAAAUCUUUCCAUUAAUUUCUCUAACUCUAACCCAGUUCUCGCAGAGGGACCAGGACGCUGAGUCCCAGUGUGGGCUGAGCUUUCUCAAAACUGAGAACUGUGGGUACUAGAAUUUUAAUUUCAGGCCCUUGUCUAAUGCAAAUGGCUCCAAGAUUUCAUGCCCUACUAAAUGCUGCAUGCUGAAUGCAGAAAUGUAGAGGACGUGUUUGAAGAUUGGGACAGCAAGAUGAAUUGCCAUAAAAAUCAGCUGAACCAAUCAGGGAAAGGGCACUUUUUAAUUAAGACAUAUUUGAAUCCAAAAGACACGUUCUUGGUGUCUGAACUGUCAGUAAUUUCCAUCCAAAGUAACUGCUCAAAAUUCAUGACUGUCUAGAAUAUCCUUGCACAAGCCAGAUAUGUACAUAAGCUGUGCAAACUCUCUCUGGGGAGAAGCACAGUUAAAAAUAAAGCUAUUAUUGCUACCACAGAGAGAGACGAUGACAAAGACAAGAGGCUGAGCACCAGGUGCUGUGAGACUGAAUCCUGCCAUGCAGCCCUCCAUCUGAGCAUUGCUGAUCCAGGUGUGAGCAGAUGUGCUCAAUUCUGAGCCCUGUUUGUGUGUCCUCAUCUCCAUCCACACCCGGAGCAGAGCAGAGCAGGGAAGGGGCAGCUUGUGGAGGGGUUUAUCAAGCAUAGCCCUCACCCCAGACCAGGCUUUGAAGGCUGAAGUCCUGGCUCUGUGAGGGACACAGCAGCUUUGGCAUGGGUUUUAGGAUUCCUCCCCUGCCUCCCCCACCCCUUCGAUAUGCUUAUGAGGUCCCACACAUUUAGGCAACUAGUCAUCCUAGGCUCCUAAAUGAAGAAAAAUCUAGGGAAUUUAUACUGGGACGAAAGAGGGACAAGGGGUGGGCAUGAUCUUGCCCAUGUCUGUGCACGCUCAGCUUUGCAGUGGUGUCUGUGGAAGUAUCCUGGCAGAAGCAUGCUCACAGAAUUUUCACAAUUAGUGGCAGGGGGAGAUGAUUUUUUAAUGAAUUGUCAUCACAGGGGACCUCAUUACAGUCAAAACAUUGUACUGCUUUUCUAGUUUUUUUUCCUUAGGCUUCCCCCCUCACCCAAAAUGACAACUGAAAACUAAACUGAGCAGGAGCUGCUGUACAAGCCUGCACAGAGAUGCUGAACCUUAAAAACUAGCUCGCCCUCACAAGGUACCCACGGGGCUGUGCUGAGUGCCCAACCUUGGCAUAACCUGCCUUCUAGUUCUCUUUUUUUUUCUCUGCUGAAAUACCAAUGUGGGUUUUUUUUCUUUCCUUGUAUCGCCAGCCCAGCACUCCCCAGCCCAUGUUUGUGCUCUGGUAUCUCUCUCCACCCUUGAGCACCUAACAGGGACUAAUCCCUGGUUUGUGGCAAUCUUUCCACUACCAUUAGCAGGACUUUCAAAGCAUAAUGAGCUUUAAAUCCUCCUUUUUUUUUUUUUUUUUUUUUUUUUUUUUACCCUGAGGUCCUUACAUUUUGAGUUCCAAGUUUCAAGGUGUCCCAUUAGCUGAAAAAGCACCAGCUGGUAUAAUUGUGUUUGUGCAACCCUCGUGGAGAAGUUGGGCAAAACAACUGGUUUUAAAAGCUCAUGUUGGAAAACCCGAUCUACAGAGUAACUGCAGCUUUUGAAUGUAUGUGAUUCACAGACACUGGACUGGGGAGGAAAAGUAUUUUGAGAAAACUCUUUUUUUUUGCAAGGAAGAAAUUGGGGGAAAGGGUUAUUGCUCGGGUGAUGUUUCUUCUGUUACUACUUGCUGCUGUUUGUACACUAGCCAAUGCAAAUGACAUUCAUGUUCCCGACAAUAUUUUUGAACAGCCCAGCUAUGUUUUUUGCUGUUGUUAAUAUACUGAGGAUUUGGGAGGAUUUUAAAUGCCUCUGCCUUUCAGGAUUAUUUCUACAAAAGCAAUUGAGAACUGUAUUUUGACAGCAGGAAGCUUAUAAAAACCUAGAGAAAAAAAAAUCUAAAAAAUAAAGCAUUUGAAACCGAACAGCUAUGAAAGGAACGCACCUCUGCUACCAUAUCUGAAAUCUGCAAAGCAAUCACGAAUUACAUCAAGGAAGGACCAUCUUUCUACUGAAAAUCACACAUCAGUUUGUACAGAGUGGAUGCUCCCUUGGCCACCUGUGUGACUGCCCAGGAGGAAGGCGUGGGAAUGCUUUCGUUAAUCGUGACUCCCCUGUCACUCUUGGACGUUGCCGUGUGUGGUCGGUUGAAAUUGGUUUAUCUGUAGCGAGCUUCUUGUUGCACUUUUCUGUUUGCUAAAAUUCAACAACAAGGAAAAUCAUGAGUCACUUUAAAGCAUUGGCAGACAACUGUUUCUAACCCAAAGGAAAAUGGGUUUUAGCACAAUGAACUGUACUUCUUCAGGGAGGAUCAAUGUUGAUUUUUUUUUUUUUUCCACACGUCUUUAUUUACAUGUGGCUAUAUUUUCAUUGAUACAGAAUAAAAAGUGCAUUUUAUUGACCUUGA